GUGAAGCUAUCGCCCCCACCUAACUUCAUCUGCGUUCUAGGGUUUCUUUCUUUCUCGGUCAUUCAUCGACAACAGAAGGCUUCUCUUUCUCUCUCAUCCGUGCAAAUUGUACAUCUGUAUACGUAACCCUUAUCCCCCUCUAAUGGAUGAUAUUUCUCGAAGAAACCCUCAAUUUUAAGUUAAUUAUUAUUAUUAUAAUAUUUUUUUUUUUUGCCGGAAGUAGAGUAGAAUUUGAUACUGCACAAGUUAUGUUUUGAUAAUUUAGAAUUUAUUUUGAAGAAAAGGAAGAAAUGCAGGUCAGGGAGUUAGAGAAGCCUGAAACUUCUGACAUGAAGAGGGCAGAAAAGUCAGAGGAAAGUGAGGACCCAAAAUCUUUGGAGGAGAAUUCAAGUAAAAAAGAUUUGUGUUCUGAGUCGGUUAUUGAUGUUUCGGGAAAAGUUUUGGAUUUUCCGCUGCUGGAGGGUGUGGAAAGCAUGGUAGAAGGGUUGUAUAUGUACAAGAAUGGCUUGUACUUGAUUCCCAGGGCGGUGGGUAGGCUUAAGGGCUUGAAAACUCUAAAGUUCUUUGCGAAUGAUGUGAAGUUGUUCCCUGAGGAGUUCAAGAACUUGGUAGAGAUGGAAAGCUUGCAAGUGAAAGUUGCAGUGCCAGGGGUCAAUGGUUUGGAGUUGAGCAAAUUGAGGAAUUUGAAGGAGCUGGAGCUCAGUAGAGUUCCCCCAAGGCCCUCGGCUUUCCCAAUUUUAAGGGAGAUUGCUGGGCUUAAGUGCUUAACUAGGCUCUCUGUUUGCCAUUUCUCCAUAAGAUACCUGCCUGCAGAAAUCAGCUGUCUUAACAAGUUGGAGUUCUUGGAUCUUUCAUUUAAUAAGAUGAGGAAUUUACCAGAUGAGAUAGCUUCUUUGAGUUCCUUGAGAUCGUUGAAGGUAGCUAAUAAUAAGCUUGUUGAGCUGCCUCCUGAAUUGUCAUCUUUGCUGAGAUUGGAGAACUUGGAUCUGUCAUACAAUCGAUUGACAUCCUUGGGAUUUCUCGAACUUGAAACAAUGUACAACCUUCAGAGUCUAAAUCUUCAGCACAAUGAUCUACGUAGUUGCUGUCAAAUACCAUCAUGGAUAAGCUGCAAUUUGGAGGGAAACAACAAUUACACAUCAAAUGAUGAAUCUGCAGAAAUGGAUGUAUAUCAGGGUGUAGUGCAGGAGAAUGAUAACAGUCCUAGCAAUAGUUCUUCAAUCACACCAAGGAGUCAUAUAACUGGUCUAUCUCCUAAUAAUAGAUGCCUGGUGGCAAGAAGGAGUAAGGGACGGAAAUGGCAGUGUAAUCGGCAACCAAGAACUCGGCAAGAGAGACUGAAUCAGUGCAAGAAAUGGAAACUUGAAGCUGCAAUUCAAAAUUCUUCCGAGAAAUGCAUGGCUUGCAAAAUGCCUGUCCUUGGUGACAACUCUCUGGCAGAAGGUUCAUCUGCACUUGCAGAUGCUGACGUUGACAAUAAAGAAUCGUUUUCUGGAGAUGAUUUUUAUGAGAACUCACUUAUUAAUAUUGAAAAUGUAGAUGCUAACACGAAGGACUCCGUUGUUACUUGUUCAUGUUCUACACUUGACACUGUUGGGAUUCUCAAAGAGGCUGAGGGCGACUGUUCUGAAUCUGGUGCAACUUUGGAAUCUUUUUGUGAUACUGUUAAGGUGCUUGAUGAAGGCUUAUCUUCUGAAACAUCUAACAGUAUAAUGAAGUCAAAAAGGCAUUCAGAGAAGGACCUCGAUAACCCAAAACCUACUAAAUCCCGAAGACCAACUAAUGAACCCUUAUAUUUGUCAUGCCAAUAUAGCAAGAUAUCAUUUUGUGGGGUUGAUGACCAUCUACCAGAUGGCUUCUAUGAUGCGGGUCGAGAUCGUCCCUUUAUGCCACUGUCUAGUUAUGAGCAAAAUUUGCAGCUUCACUCUCGGGAAGUCAUUCUUGUUGACCGGGAAAGGGAUGAAGAUUUAGAUUCUGUGCUAUUAUGUGCCCGAGCGUUGGUGUAUCAUUUCAAGCAGAUGAAUGGUUCGAUUGAUGAACAGAGCCAUGUUGCACUUGAUAAUUUACAGAUUGCAUCAUUGCUUGCUCUUUUUGUCUCUGAUCAUCUUGGAGGAAGUGAUAAAAGUGCGGCUCUGCAAAAGAUACGAAAAGCUGUUUCUGGCUCAAACUAUAAGAAACCAUUUGUUUGUACUUGUCCUACUGGGACUCGUGACAAUAUUAAUAUAGACACAAAGCAGGGCGUAGACAUUGUAGAAGAUAUUGUUUUCCUGGAUCUAUGUGAGAAGUCCCUUCAAUCCAUAAAAGCAAGGCUAAAUUCUAGUAUCGUUCCUAUUGGGGGUCUGCAGUUUGGGGUUUGCAGGCAUAGAGCUGUGCUGAUGAAGUAUCUCUGUGAUCGGAUGGAGCCACGAAUACAAUGUGAGCUUGUUCGGGGUUACUUGGAUUUUUCACCACAUGCCUGGAAUGUAAUUGUCAUAAAGAGGGGUGAGUCAUGGGUACGCAUGAUAGUUGAUGCAUGCCAUCCCCAUGAUAUUAGAGAAGAGACUGAUCCCGAAUAUUUUUGCAGGUAUGUUCCUUUGAGUCGUAUCAGCUCUCCCGUUGCAGCAGAUGUUGCUACCAGUCCAAAUUGUUCGUUUCCUUCUCUCUCUGUAUGUGAUGAAAUUGGAAAAUUAGCUUCUACCACUCUCAUGCGGUGUAAUUUUGGAUCACUUGAGGCUGUUGCGAAGGUGCGGACCGCUGAGGUACGUGAGACUUCUGCUGAUGAAAUCAGGAACUUUGAGUUUAGUUGUUUAGGUGAGAUCAGAAUGUUGGGUGUCUUGAAGCAUUCCUGUAUUGUAGAAUUUUAUGGUCAUCAGAUAUCCUCCACUUGGUCGCUUUCGGCGGAUGGAAAUUUUGAAGGUCGUAUUUUACAGUCUGCUAUAUUGAUGGAGUACAUAAAAGGGGGUUCAUUGAAGAGUUAUGUGGAGAAAUUAUCAAGAGAUGGAGAGAAUCAUGUGGCUGUGGAGUUGUCAUUAUUUAUUGCUAGAGAUGUUGCUUUUGCAUUGACAGAACUCCAUUCUAAACACAUCAUUCAUCGUGACAUAAAAAGUGAAAAUAUAUUAGUUGAUCUUGACAAGAAGAGGCCUGAUGGUACACCUGUUGUAAAGAUAUGCGAUUUUGAUAGGGCAAUCCCCCUUCGUUCUUGCUUGCAUACAUGCUGCAUUGCGCAUGUCGGGAUACCUCCACCUGAUACUUGUGUUGGGACUCCUCGAUGGAUGGCCCCUGAGGUGUUUCGAGCAAUGCAUAGACGCAACAUGUAUGGGCUGGAAGUGGAUAUUUGGUCUUUCGGCUGCCUGCUUCUGGAAUUGCUUACUCUGCAAGUCCCUUAUUCAGGGUUAUCAGAAUCAGAAAUUCACGACCUUUUGCAGGUACUGUGUUAUUUCUUUUGUGUAGUUGAUGAACAUUUGCAGAAGACAAAUAGAUAAGACAUGCAAUGGAGACUUUCUAGAUGCUUACGAGUUGAUGUAUUCUGUAACUUGUAUAAUAAUAACAUCAGUAUAUCACUUUUUCAUGUUCUGAAGUUCUUUAGCACUAGCCCCACUAUAAAAACUCACGUUCCAAUUGGUUUUUUGAUUCCUUUUCUUUCUGAACUCAGUGGUAUUUAGCCCGUUUGGUUUGGAUAAAAAUUAAAUUUUUAGUAGGUUUUGAUAAAAGUUGGGGAAAUGUGUGGUUGGAAAAUUAUAGAAGUUGUUGGUCCCAUAAAAUGUGUGGUUGAAAAUGAGUUUGGGAAAAAAUGAAUUUUAAGAAUUGUGGGUCAAACAGGGGCUUAAUGUUUAGAAGUUAUUCCGUUUAUUCUUUCAGAGUACACUCGUGCACUCAAGGGAUGAUGUCCUAUCUUAGUUCAAGGGACAUUUGCUAAUCUUUUGUUGUUGGGUGAUUUCAUCGAGUCACUCUACUUCAAAAUCUGUUUGUUUUUCUAAUGGAAUCUCCAGCAUGGUAUCUUAGCUCAAGGGACAUUUGCUAGUCUAUUGUUAUCGGGUAAUUUCAUCGAGUCACUCUACUUCAAAAUCUGUUUGUUUUUCUAAUGGAAUCUCCAGCAUGGAAGACCUUUGCAUUGAUGCCAUGUUAGAAUGCUGUCUUCCUCAUUGGACAUUCUAUUCCAUAAACUAA